AUGAGCAACAUGAGAAUAUUUCGUGCAUCCAAUAAUAAGAUUAAAGGAGAGAUCCCUUCUUCAAUAUGUAACAUUAGCUCUCUUGAGCUACUUGAUUUGUCCCAAAAUGAGCUUGAAGGUCUAAUUCAUCAAUGUUUAGGGAAUUUCAGUGCGACACUUUCAGUACUAGACCUUCGAAUGAAUCAUUUUCAUGGCGGCAUUCCAGCCAUAUAUGCAAAGGAUAACAUGCUUAGAACACUUGCUUUCAAUGGAAAUCAAUUACAAGGACCAAUACCAAGAUCCAUUUCUUUAUGCAUCAACUUACAAGUGAUAGACCUUGGAAACAAUAUGAUAAAAGGAACAUUUCCUAGUUGGUUGGAUGCUCUUCCAGAGUUACAGGUCCUUGUAUUGAGGUCUAACAGAUUGCAUGGCUUCGUUGACAUGAAUUCCGAGGCUCAAUCUCCUUUUCUUAAAUUGCACAUCUUUGACAUAUCCCGCAAUCAGUUCACUGGACCCUUUCCAUCAUGGUAUUUUAACAACUUCUAUGCCAUGAAGACGGUGAAUCGGAGCAGCACGGGUCACGAAUUAUAUAUGGGCAAAGAGUAUAAUCUUUAUCAAUACUCUGAUGGAUCCUACACAUACCAUUAUCGAGAUUCUGUUACAAUAACAACAAAAGGGCUUGAUGCUCAUCUUCAAGGAAUCUCCUUUCCACGGACAACAAUUGAUUUGUCAAGCAAUAAGUUUGAGGGAUCCAUUCCGGAUGUUGUUGGCAAUUUGGUUGCACUCACAAUGUUGAAUAUGUCCAACAAUCGUCUUACCGGGCCUAUACCAGAAUCAUUGGGAAAUUUAGUCCAUCUUGAAUCUUUGGACCUGUCUUCAAACCACCUUACAGGAGAGAUUCCUCAAGAACUUACAAGUAUAACAUUCCUUGAAGUUUUAAAUCUUUCUUGCAAUGGACUAGAAGGACGCAUACCGCAGGGUAAGCAAUUCGAUACAUUUUUAAACACUUCUUACAUGGAGAAUAAGGGAUUAUGUGGACCUCCUUUGUCAAGAAAAUGCCAGGGGCAUGAAAUGGAAACACCACCGCCACCACCACCACCACCACCACACGAUGAUUCUGAAGAUGAUUCAUAUUUUGCAUUCAGUGGGUUCACAUGGCAGGCUGUUUUGACGGGGUACAUAUUUGGAAUGAUAAUCGGCUUAGCUGCAGGUUGUCUUUCAUUUUCAACAGGAAGACCAAAAUGGUUUGCGACAAUGAUAGAUGAAGAGGUUUAUAAAAUCAUGAAGAAAUACAGACGAGGAGGACGAGUUCCAGUUCGGAGAAUACCCAGUUCAUUGAGAUUACCUUAA